CAGUGGAAGCGCGCGGAGGAUCAUCAUUCAUUCAGCACUUUGACAAGCUCGCGUUUGAUUGAUUGACAGCCGGAGUGGCAAAAAGCCAUGAGAUGCGUUAGUUUUGUCUGAGGGGCUAUUUUCAUACAGCUUUGGAAAAGAAGAUUUUGCUCGAUCCUUGUCGCUGUCCAGGGGAAAGAACGCGAAGGGGACCUAUCGCUGAACGCGUCUGGCUGAACUUGCGGUGAAGGACUGGCUUCACAUCGCUCGCUCGAAACAGGCAUUUGGAUUUUUUGGGCAAAACAUAUCCCACAUUUGGAAUUUGCGUGUUUAUUUCCCAUUCACCCUGGCCUCAUAGGGGAUAUAUUUUUGACUAAAGGAAGACGAGGGAGUGUGGAGGGCGAUGGCGCAGAGGUACGAAGAUAUACCCCACUAUGGGAUGGACGGAGUAGGAAUCCCGAGCACGAUGUACGGGGACCCGCACGCCGCCAGAUCCAUGCAGGCUGUUCACCUGAAUCACGGGCCCCAGCUCCACUCCCACCAGUACCCGCACACAGCCCACACCAACGCCAUGCCGCCCAGCAUGGGCUCAUCCGUCAAUGACGCUCUAAAAAGAGAUAAAGACUCCAUUUACGGGCACCCCUUGUUCCCUCUUCUAGCACUGAUUUUUGAGAAAUGUGAAUUAGCCACUUGCACACCUAGAGAACCCGGUGUUGCUGGGGGCGAUGUGUGUUCAUCAGAGUCUUUCAAUGAGGAUAUAGCAGUGUUUGCAAAACAGAUUCGAGCAGAAAAGCCGCUAUUUUCGUCAAAUCCUGAGCUGGAUAAUUUGAUGAUUCAAGCCAUUCAAGUUUUACGGUUUCAUCUUUUGGAGCUCGAAAAGGUACAUGAACUUUGUGACAAUUUUUGUCAUCGGUACAUCAGCUGUUUGAAGGGGAAGAUGCCCAUCGACUUGGUUAUAGACGACAGAGAAGGAGGAUCAAAAUCAGACAGUGAAGAAAUUACGAGAUCAUCGGGGCCCCUUGAUCAGACCUCAUGGAACAGAGACCAUGAUGACACAGCUUCUACACGCUCUGGCGGCACACCAGGACCAUCCAGUGGAGGACACACAUCGCACAGCGGCGACAACAGCAGCGAACAAGGUGAUGGUCUGGACAACAGUGUGGCAUCACCUAGCACAGGAGAUGAUGACGACCCUGACAAGGAGAAGAAGAGGAACAAAAAACGCGGAAUCUUUCCUAAAGUGGCAACAAACAUUAUGAGGGCAUGGCUCUUCCAGCACUUGACGCACCCCUACCCUUCAGAAGAACAGAAAAAGCAACUGGCACAAGACACCGGGCUCACUAUACUACAAGUGAACAACUGGUUCAUUAACGCAAGAAGAAGAAUAGUGCAGCCCAUGAUCGACCAAUCCAACCGAGCAGUAAGUCAAGGAGCUCCCUACAACCCAGAUGGUCAACCCAUGGGAGGCUUCGUGAUGGACGGCCAGCAGCACAUGGGAAUCAGACCACCUGGGCCUAUGAGUGGGAUGGGAAUGAAUAUGGGCAUGGAGGGACAGUGGCACUACAUGUAACCUUCUAGUUAACCAAUCGCAAAGCAAUGGGGGAAGACUACAGAGCAUGCCAGGGGAUUACCUGUCACACAGUGGCCCGGUGGCGAUGGCAAUGGGGCAACCAGGCUACAGCGCUUCCCAGAUGCCCCACCACCCUGCUCAGUUGCGGCACGGCCCUCCCAUGCGUUCAUACAUCCCUGGACACCUCCAUCACCCGGCGAUGUUAAUGCACGGAGGACCGCCUCACCCUGCCAUGCCCAUGUCAGCCUCAAGCCCCCCAAUGUUCAAUCCAGGAGAUCCAACAAUGGGAGGACAAUACAUGGACAUACAUGCCCAGUAAUUUACUAAAACGGAUUCUUUAAAUGACUGCAAUGGACAGACGAGGAUGCUGCGAUUGGUUUUUUUGGGGGCUUCCAAAGCACCGAUUACAUACUGACUUUUUUUUUACAGAGACUAGGGAGCUUGCAUCUUGGCUAGAGUUUUGGACCAAGAAAGAAGCCAAUUUCUGUAAACUCUGAGACACUUUAAAAGGAGGUGCCCUUUGCAUAGACGCAAAAAGAGAAAGAAAAUUUGAAUUUAUUACUAUAUCAGCCUCUAAAGGGGAGGGAUGAGGACAUACUGUAUACUGUUGUAAAACUGCAUUGGACUUUCAUAAGAACUGGGAAAAAAAGUAUUGUAAAUGCUAUCGUAUUGUUCUGCAUAUUAUGUUGUUUCUAAUAGA